AUGUCGGCUGGCAGCGCCCGUCCCUGGUCUGCGCUCCUCUGGCUGCGUCUCAUCGCCGUCUCCGCUCUGUUGCAGGCAGGGGACCCGUCGGCCGCCGACGUCGCCGCCGCCGCCGUCGCCGUCGCCGUCGCCCGGAAUCGUAGCGCCGACGACCCGGGCGCCCACCUAAUAAGGGCCGAUGCGUUAAUGCCAGUGCGACGAGGUGGGCUCGGAGCGGUAUUAGGGCGCGGUUGGCGCGCCGCUGGCGGGCUGGGCCGGCCGAAGGGCGCAGCGAUGCAGCCGAGCGGGCGCCGGUUGACCGCUUACCUGGUCGCCAUGACCGCAGUGCAGGUGGUGAGUGCGCAGAGCCAGGCAUAUGACUAUGACAUCAUGAGCUUUCAAGACGCCAGCGACCUUGACACGGGUCAGGUGACGCCCGUCACGGCUGUGACAGGCGGAGUGGCCGAGCUGCCCUGCCACGUGGAGCCGGAUGCAUCACGUGACGUCAUGAGGCUGAUGCUCUGGUACAAGGACAGCACGGGAGCGCCGUUCUACAGCUACGACACGCGCGGCCGCAAAUCGACGCGCGGCACCCACUGGGCCAACGAGGACUCGCUGGGUCAGCGUUCCGAGUUCGAUCCGCGGCCGCAGGCGCCUCUGCUGCGCAUCAAGCACGUGGAGGAGGGCGACCAGGGCGUGUACCGGUGCCGUGCCGACUUCCGCACCUCGCCGACCUUCAACGCCCGGGUUAAUCUGACCGUCGUCGUGCCGCCGCAGCAGCCGCGGCUCUUCAACGAACCGGCGGCAUGA